UUUUUUUUCUCCGGCUCUUUGCUAAAUUCAAUUCAAUUCAACUAAAUUCAUUUUCCUUUAAAUAUACACAUAUUAUUAUCUUUUUUAAAAAUAGCCAUGGCUGAACAUACUGUCGAUUCCGAUAUAGACGCCGGUUACAUUGAUUUGUCUAAAAUAGACAAGAAGAAGAUUAUGCGCGCCGACGAGCGGCGGAGACGUGCCAACGACGAGCUCGGCGAUAUUGAAGACUAUCUCUCCGAAGAAGAAAACAACCAAGGGCCAUUUUCCGAUGAGAGCUCUGACGAGUCCGACGUAGCCGAAGACGAGCACGGCGAGCUCAUCACACCCGAAGUCGAUGCACAAAUUAUGCGGGCCCUGGGCGCCCUGCGAUCCAAAGACAAGAGCAUCUACGAUUCCAAUGUGAGCUUUUUCUCUACCGACGCGAUCCAAAAGUCGCAGGAGGCGUGGAAGGCCAAGCAGGAUGCAGCAAGGGCGAAGAGUGAGGGUAUGAAUAUCAGGGAGUUCCAGCAUAAGGUUAUGGUGGAGCACGGCGGCGUGGUGGAUGAGGAGGCGGAGGUGCGGCGCGCUGUCGGUGGGUUGACGCAUGUGCAGGAGCAGGAGGCGCUGAAGAAUGAGUUCAAGGCAGCGUUUGGCGACAAUGACGAGGGUGAGGAUGAGGAGGGCGAGGAUGGCGGGUUUUUAGUCAAGAAGGUGAAGAGCAAGGAGGAGGUGGCCAAGGAGGAGGUCGACUACCGCCGCUUCCUCUUGGAAAACAUGGGAACAGAAGUGGCCAACACCCAGGCAUUCAGCAGCUGGGCCGCCAUUGCGCCCAGCACCAAGCCCGCCGAGGACGCAGCCAAGCCUGACCCGGAGCAGACAUUCCUUAUGAACUACAUUCUUAACCGCGGCUGGAUUGACAAGGACGCGGGCGGUAUCUCCGCCGAACAAGAGGCCAAGGAGAUUGUCGACAAGGAGGAGGACGAGAAGAUUGUCGAGCUGACAGACAACUUUGAGAGCAAGUAUAAUUUCCGCUUCGAGGAGCAGGGUGGCACCCAGAUCAAAUCGUACCCGCGUGAGAUUGAGGGCUCAUUGCGGCGCAAGGACGAUCGCAGGAAACUGGCCAGGGAGCGCUCCAAGGCGCGCAAGUUGGAUAGGAAGCGCGAGAAGGCCGAGGAGCUCAAGCGGCUGAAGAACCAGAAGAAGAAGGAGAUUCUGGAAAAGCUCAAGGAGAUCCAGGGGAUUACCGGCAACAAGGUUGUUGGGUUCGACUCGCUUGACUUGGAUGGCGACUUUGAUCCGGUCAAGUUUGACUCGCAGAUGAGCAAGAUUUUUGACGACGAGUACUAUAACCAGGUUGAUGACUUGGAGAAGCCCACGUGGGAUGACGACAUUGAUAUUGGCGAUAUUGUGCCGGAUUUCGACGAUCAGCAGUUCAAGGGCAAGCGCGGGAAGAAGGACAAGAAGGCAGUCAAUACCAAUGGCGACGACGACUUUAUGAUGGAUGCGGACUACAUGGAGGGUGCCAACGAAGGCCGGCCCAGCGGGUCCGUUGAUUCCCAUGCCCUGGACUCGACCAAGGCCGCACUCAAGGACACGGUGUCGGACUACCUGGACAACUACUACCAGCUGGACUUUGAGGACAUUGUUGGCGACGGUCUGGCGACCCGCUUCAAGUAUGCCAAGGUCAAGCCGGUGGACUACGGCCUGAGCGCGUCGGAGAUUCUGUUGGCUGACGACAAGUUCCUCAACGAGUACGUGUCGGUUAAGCGGAUUGCCACACAUCGGCCAGACUGGAAGAUCGACGAGGACAUGCAGAAGUAUGCCAACAAGAAGCGCAUGCUUUAUGUCAAGAAGAAGGCCGCGGCCAAGCGCGAUGAGUGGGAGGGCCAGAUGAAGAAGGCUGCGCAGGUGUCGAUUGGUGGAAAGAAGAAGCGCGAGAGAGGCGAGGAGAAGGCCGAGAAGGCGAGCAAGAAGUCAAAGACCGAGAAGGCAGCGAAGUCGGACAAGGUUGAGAAGGUUGAGAAUGUUGAGAAGUCUGACAAGAAAUCCAAGGCUGAGAAGACCAAGAAGUCCGAGAAGAAGGACAAGGCUGACAAGGACAAGGCUGACAAGAAGGGUAAGGAGAAGGCCGCCAAGGAGGAUGAUGGCUCAAAGACAAAUAGCUUGAACAGACGUCAGCGGCAAAAGGCCAAGAAGAUGGGCGACUCCUCUGCUGCUGCCACUGCCGUUUCCGCUUGAAUAAAAUUAUAAAAUUGUUUUUUUUUUAUUUAUUCAUGUGUGAUAAUCAAUAUUUUUAAAUAUCAAA